AUGUCCCAUGUUCAACUAGGAGCGAAUUAUGGACAACAAAAUCCGCAUUUCAUGGCUACGUUGGCUGGACAAUUAAGUCGAAGAAACAUGAUCAAUGGUUUGAUGAAUUCUUCAUCGAAUAAUAAUUUGACUGCACCUAUUGGUUUUCAACCUGGUUUCCCUGGGUUCGGAUCUCAACAUGCUCAAAGUAAUCAAGGUCUACAAUAUGUUCCUGCAAAUGGUCUCCACGUCUGGAAUGGCAGCCGGACCCCAUGCGCUUCAUCAACAAAUGUUUUCAAUCAAGUGGGUUUGGUUUUGUUCUGAAAAUAUUGAAAACAAUUUGUAAAUUUAUAUGAAUUUCAGCAAGUCCCGCCCAUCGAGUUUGUAUCACCUCAAUUGUUGCAAGUAAAUACCUGGAUUCGAUGUGAAUGCAUUUGGGCAGAUGUCCCAAGAAUCGCUAUUGAGUUAAUCGAAUAA